CUGAAGCGAUUGGUCCUCUCUGGGGAGCGGAGGGUGUUCAGUUAUUAAUGACCGCUGAGCAGGCAGCACCAUGUCAGUGUGACAACUGAUCGGGUGAACGAUGCACCACUAACCACCAUGGAAACAAGGAGAAAUAAAGCCAGCCCCCAGCAUCUCCCUUCGCGGGACUGAGAGCCUCGGCUGCCUGCCGGCGAAGAGAGAGUUUCGGGCUAAAGAAGAAAUCCUAGCUGCAGCCUCCUGCCCGCCUUUACAUCUUAGAACACGGAGAUAAGAUUGCCUGCAUGUGUGCAGAUCUGUAGUACAAAUUUGUGCCUACUUUACUGCACACACACACGUGCAUGAUUCACACCCGGGGAAGAAGCCAACCAUGUGAUUAUCCCAAGAAAGGGUCGGAGGAAUUCAGCACGCAGGGACAAGGAGGUGGUCCAGCUCGGAAACUGCUUUGGCAAGGCAGCCCCUGGGCUGGAAACACCAGGCUCCAUGCAACUUCCUGGCAGCCGUAAACCUUUGAGCCUUGAAAACCCAAGUUCAAGUAUUGAUUUUCUUUUGAAAUAUGAUGCUUUACUCUUGUUUUAGAAGAAAAGAUCACUGAUAAUUGAUGCUGUGUGGCAAAUUAUAGACCACACCCCAGACAUAUUUAUGUCUAUGCUGAAGCACCAACCUCAUCAUAUCCUCAGUCAGUACUGGGCAGAGAUGAAAAAGGAGAGUAUGCACAGACUAUAGAAUCCAUUAUUGUUGGGAGCAACAAGACGCAGGAGGAAGAGCCUCUCUGUGUGCCCACUUUCCUGCACAACCAAAGGCAUAACGCUGCUGUUCCUGCAAGACUGAACAACCAUGGGAUCUGAAUAGUACAAUCCUAAAUAAAUGAAUUGCUCAAUUUCCUGUGAUCAUCUAUACAUACACCAUCUUCAAAAAGUACGUCGAUUUUCUAUCAUCAAGGAAACAGUGACCUCCUUUCAUCCAAUAUGCAUGACAUUUUUGGUCAAUACAAUUGUGGCACUCACACUUAUAUCCAUGAAGAAAAACUCCACAGUGCUUUGGCAUUCAUCAUUUGACAAAUGCAAGUAUUUUCUGUAUCAGUCAGCUCUUACUGAACUUAAUAGCAACUGUGGAAUCCUUAAGGGCCCAUUAAAUUUCUGAAGAAGAAAGCUAAGAUGAAGGACAUGCCACUCCAAAUUCAUGUGCUACUUGGCCUAGCUAUCACUUCACUAGUACAAGCUGUAGAUAAAAAAGUGGACUGCCCACACUUAUGUACAUGUGAAAUCAGGCCUUGGUUUACACCCAAAUCCAUGUAUAUGGAAGCAUCUACAGUGGAUUGUAAUGAUUUAGGUCUUUUAAAUUUCCCAGCCAGAUUGCCUGCUGAUACACAGAUUCUGCUUCUACAGACUAACAAUAUUGCAAAUAUUGAGUAUUCCACAGACUUUCCAGUAAACCUUACUGGCCUGGAUUUAUCUCAAAACAAUUUAUCUUCAAUCACUAAUAUUAAUGUAAAGAAGAUGUCUCAACUUCUUUCUGUGUACCUAGAGGAAAACAAACUUACUGAACUACCUGAGAAAUGUCUGUCUGGUCUGAGUAACUUACAAGAACUCUAUAUUAAUCACAACUUGCUUUCUGUAAUUUCACCUGGAGCCUUCAUUGGCCUACACAAUCUUCUUCGACUUCAUCUCAACUCAAAUAGACUGCAGAUGAUCAACAGUAAGUGGUUUGAUGCACUUCCAAAUUUAGAGAUUCUGAUGAUUGGGGAAAAUCCCAUCAUACAAAUUAAAGACAUGAACUUUAAGCCUCUUAUCAAUCUUCGAAGUCUGGUUAUAGCUGGUAUAAAUCUCACUGAAAUACCCGAUAAUGCCUUGGUGGGACUUGAAAACUUAGAAAGCAUCUCUUUUUAUGACAACAGGCUUAUUAAGGUGCCCCAUGUUGCUCUUCAAAAAGUUGUAAACCUCAAAUUUUUAGAUCUAAAUAAAAAUCCUAUUAAUAGAAUACGAAGGGGUGAUUUCAGCAACAUGCUACACUUAAAAGAGUUGGGGAUAAAUAAUAUGCCUGAGCUGAUUUCCAUCGACAGUCUUGCUGUGGAUAACUUGCCAGACUUAAGAAAAAUAGAAGCUACUAACAACCCCCGAUUGUCUUACAUUCACCCUAAUGCGUUUUUCAGACUCCCCAAGCUGGAAUCACUCAUGCUGAAUAGCAAUGCUCUUAGCGCCCUGUACCACGGUACCAUCGAGUCACUGCCAAACCUCAAAGAGGUCAGCAUUCACAGCAACCCCAUCAGGUGUGACUGUGUCAUUCGUUGGAUUAAUAUGAAUAAAACCAACAUUCGAUUUAUGGAGCCAGAUUCACUGUUCUGUGUGGAUCCACCUGAAUUCCAAGGCCAGAAUGUCCGACAAGUGCAUUUCAGAGACAUGAUGGAAAUCUGCCUCCCUCUUAUAGCUCCUGAGAGUUUUCCUUCUAAUUUGGAUGUUGGAGCUAAUAGCUAUGUCUCUCUUCACUGUCGAGCUACUGCAGAACCACAGCCUGAAAUCUACUGGAUAACGCCUUCUGGUCAAAAGCUCUUGCCGAAUACUCUGACAGGCAAGUUCUAUGUCCAUUCUGAAGGCACACUAGAUAUAAGUGGUAUCACCCCAAAAGAAGGGGGCUUAUAUACUUGCAUAGCAACUAACCUUGUUGGUGCUGACUUGAAGUCUGUAAUGAUAAAAGUGGAUGGCUCUUUUCCCCAGGAUAACAACAGUCCUUUGAAUAUUAAAAUAAGAGAUAUUCGGGCCAAUUCAGUUCUGGUGUCAUGGAAAGCAAGAUCCAAAAUUCUCAAAUCCAGUGUUAAAUGGACCGCCUUUGUCAAGACAGAAAAUUUUCAUGCUGCCCAAAGUGCUCGGAUACCAGCUGAUGUCAAGGUAUAUAAUCUUACUCAUCUAAACCCAGCCACUGAGUAUAAAAUUUGUAUUGAUAUUCCCACCAUCUAUCAGAAAAUCAGAACACAGUGUGUAAACAUCACCACAAAAGCUUCAGACCUGGAUCGAAAGGAAUAUGAAAAGGGUAAUACCACGAUAUUAAUGGCCUGCCUUGGAGGCCUUCUGGGGAUUAUCGGUGUGAUGUGUCUUUUCACCUGCCUCUCUCAAGAAAUGAACUGUGAUGGCGGACAUAGCUACAUGAGGAAUUACUUACACAAACCUACCUUUGCAUUCAGUGAGCUUUAUCCUCCUCUGAUAAACCUUUGGGAAGCAGGCAAUGAAAAAAGUACAUCUUUGGAAGUGAAAGCAACGGUUAUAGGUGUGCCAACAAAUAUGUCCUAAAAUUUUUUUUAAAAAACAAUAAACGUAUUUCAAAGAAAAACUCAAUAUUGAAGUUGUGCUAAAAAAUAGAAAGAGAAAUAAUACUUUCUAUAAAGAAAGUUAAGAUUCACCAAUGCUGCUUCUGACCAGUGGAAAUAUGUACAAGUUCAGCAUUUUAAUUAACUGGCUUCAAAGGGUACAGUGGCAACCAAAUAAAAUAAUUCCAUUUUCUAGAACUUUCAUGUAACUUUUAUGUCUGGACUACAGUUAAAGUGGACAAAAACAUUUCUGUAUUUUUUUUAAGUAUAUAAGAGUAGUUGAACUGAGCAAUACCUCCUCCUGUGUUGUAUUACACAUAUUAGCCACGAGUUUUUGCAGUGACCAGAUAAAAUUAAUUGACACGUGGUGUAAUAAAAAGGACAAAUUCUGUAGAGUAGACACAGUGAGUAUGUGGACCUCUUUUAUAAGGAAAAAUACAUUUUGGAUUAAAAUCAA